UAAUGUAUGCCUUUAGUCCUUGCUUUGGGAAUUUUUUUUGAUUCCCUUAUUGGCACUGCUUGUUACUUUACUGAGCUUCAGAUCAGUGACUCUGUAGAAUUUGAAUUGGCACUAUUCCUUCACAGACUAUGAAUGGCUGAGUUAGAAUGUGUUAUCUGAUCAGUUCUCCCUCCAAAGCUAGUCAUGUGCCAUGCAUGUCUGGAGAAGGGAGUGUUGAUACAUUGACAGCCAACACUUAGAUCAAGGUCCCUAUUUUAUUUUAGAGGCCCAGAAGCAUUCUGGAAGGUCACUGGCUUUGCUGGCUCCCACAGAUGUGGCUCAGAUGGCAUGCUUUCCUCUGCCUCUUGGUUCCCAAUGAAGUAUGUACUUCUGCCCAAGGAAAGGCUUGUAAGACCACUCUUGACGAAAUACAACUGCAGUCUAUUAAAUUUCCUGGAGCUUUCUGAGACAAGAGAGUGGACGGCCACACAUCCAAAGCCUGCAUCAUGCCAGCACUGGCCACAGGAUCUGCUUGCGACAUGGGUCUGUAUGAACUGUUGGCUGUUCUGCCUGCCCAGCUGCAGCCACAUGUGGAUAGCCAGGAGGACCUGACCUUCCUCUGGGACAUGUUUGGUAAAAAGAGCCUGCAUUCACUGGUCAAGAUUCACGAAAAACUUCACUACUAUGAGAAGCAGAGCCCAUUACCCAUUCUCCAUGGAGCAGCAGCGUUGGCUGAUGAUCUGGCUGAAGAGCUACAGAACAAGCCAGCAAACAGUGAGAUCAGAGAGCUGUUGCAACUGCUGUCAAAACCCAAUGUCAAGGCUUUGCUGUCAGUACAUGAUACUGUGGCUCAAAAGACUUAUGAUCCUGUGUUGCCUCCUGUGCCUGACGAUAUUGAUGAUGAGGAAGACUCUGUGAAAAUAAUCCGCCUGGUCAAAAAUAGAGAGCCCCUGGGUGCUACCAUUAAAAAAGAUGAGCAGACCGGAGCAAUCAUUGUGGCCCGAAUCAUGCGGGGCGGAGCUGCAGAUAGAAGUGGUCUUAUUCACGUGGGCGAUGAGCUGAGGGAAGUGAAUGGGAUCCCAGUGGAAGAUAAGAGGCCUGAGGAAAUAAUACAGAUUUUGAGUCAAUCCCAGGGAGCAAUUACAUUUAAGAUAAUACCCAGCACCAAAGAGGAAACACCUUCUAAAGAAGGCAAGAUAUUUAUCAGAGCCCUCUUUGACUAUGAUCCUAAGGAGGACAAGGCAAUCCCCUGUAAAGAGGCAGGGCUGUCUUUCAGGAAGGGCGACAUUCUUCAGAUUAUGAGCCAAGAUGAUGUGACAUGGUGGCAGGCUAAGCAUGAAGGAGAUGCCAACCCCAGAGCAGGCCUGAUCCCCUCCAAGCCCUUCCAGGAACGGAGACUGGCUCUCAGACGACCAGAAAUAGUAGUUCAGCCUCUGAAACUUUCCAGCAGGAAAUCAUCUGGUUUUAGAAGAAGUUUUCGUCUUAGCAGAAAGGAUAAGAAAACAAAUAAGUCCAUGUAUGAAUGCAAAAAGAGUGAGCAGUAUGACACGGCAGAUGUGCCCACAUACGAGGAGGUGACACCCUACCAGCGGCAGACCCAUGACAAAUACAGACUCGUCGUCCUGGUUGGUCCUGUCGGAGUCGGGCUAAAUGAGCUGAAGCGAAAGCUAUUGAUCAGUGACACCCAGCACUAUGGUGUGACAGUGCCCCACACCACCAGAGCAAGAAGAAGCCAAGAGAGUGAUGGUGUGGAAUAUAUUUUUAUUUCCAAACAUUUGUUUGAGACAGAUGUACAAAAUAACAAGUUCAUUGAGUAUGGCGAAUAUAAAAACAACUACUAUGGUACAAGUAUAGACUCAGUUCGCUCUGUCCUAGCUAAGAACAAAGUUUGUCUGUUGGAUGUCCAGCCUCAUACAGUGAAGCAUUUAAGGACACUGGAAUUCAAACCCUAUGUGAUAUUUAUAAAACCUCCAUCCAUAGAGCGUUUGAGAGAGACAAGGAAAAAUGCAAAGAUCAUUUCAAGCAGAGAUGACCAAGGGACUGCAAAGCCCUUCACGGAAGAAGAUUUUCAAGAAAUGGUUAAAUCAGCACAGAUAAUGGAAAGUCAAUAUGGCCAUCUUUUUGACAAAAUCAUAAUAAAUGAUGAUCUUACUGUGGCAUUUAAUGAGCUAAAAACAACAUUUGACAAACUAGAGACUGAUACCCAUUGGGUCCCAGUGAGUUGGUUACAUUCAUAACUCAGGCAAAUGUCCUUAAUUUUCUUUUUACAGAGUUGCAUGAUUAAAUCAACUACCAUGUUUUUGGUAGGAUUUUUUUUUUUUUUUAAUAAUUUGAAUCACUGUCACAGAUGUAAAGUCUUCAAUGUCAAAAUCAAAGUUUCAGUGCUGGUUUUGUUUAUGUCUUUUACAGCCUUAUUUGAAGCACAUAACUGUACAAUCUAAGUCAAAAUCUGCACAGUGCUAUAGUCUUAGCAAAACUUGUAUUUCCUGGUUUUCUUUAAUCUAUUUCUGUCUCUGAUGUGGGAGGCAGUAUGUAUAAGAGUUCAUGCUUCACCUGUGUUCAGGUGUGCUCACAGCCCUUCACUGCACAUGCGAGUUCAUGCCUCACCUGCGGUCAGGUGUGCUCACAGCCCUUCACUGGGCAUGCUCUCAGUUGAAAGCAUAGACUUGGCAGCCUUGAGCAGAUCCACAAAUUUAACUGAGCUGAAAAUAAGACUCUGUUCUUAAAAAAUAUGUUCUUCAUGUGCACAUCUUAAAACAAAGGAGAAACUCAAAUAUUUCUGAGAAAGUAGCUCACAUAUUAUAGCUUAGGAAAUCCUUAUGAGUACAUAUUGGUGAUGCCACCAAUAUUACAUAAGAGAAAAUCUAAUUUUCCUGUUUAAGUUGGGGGUCUCACUAUAUUGUCCACACUAGCCUUGAACUCAGCCUUCUUUUGCCUCAGCCUCCUGAGUUCAUGCAGGAACAUGCCACUGCAUCAGGCUUAAAAACAGAUUCAACUGAUAUUAUAGAUGUAGAUAAAAACCUUUCCUCAUGGUUUAAUAAAAAUGGUUGUGUCUUAGGGCAAGAAAUGAUCACACAGCACCUCUUGCUUUAAUCUUUCAUCUUUCAGAAGACAUUUCUAGAGUCAGAAAGUUUUCUUCUCUUGUUUUGGAAUUUCUCAACAAAUUAUAAGAAUGAGAUAAGUAUUCAAAAAUAUGUAACAUGUGUUAGAGCACAGUGAAGGAAGAGAUGCUCAUGUUUCUGGUGUGCAGUCACCACACAUGUAAAUUGUCCUAAAGUAUGUUUUAGAAACCUUGUAUUGUGUUAAUUUUUUUGUCAACAAAAUGAUUAACACAGGCCAGAUUGCAUCUCAACCUAUUCUGAAAGAAGAUGGUUUUUAAAUGUUUUGAUGACAUUGUUCCUUUUUCUGUAAUGCUUUAGAUCUCUAACAAGUGAAUAAUUUGCAAUAUUACAAAUGUCCAUAGUUCAAUCAUAGAGCAGGUUCCUGCCAGUCCUCUGAGCAGUGCAGUUUAGCCAAUGGAAGAUUCAUCACAACUAUGACUUGCAUACAAAAAGUUAUUUUUGUUUCUUUGUAAAGAGUUUGAAUGUUAUGUUUAAAGAAAAAUAAAAUAUAGGGAAAUUUUAUAUAUUUGUAAGAUAUUUGAAAGGCAUAUUUUUAAAUUAUCAAAUGAGGCUAUUCAUGAGAUAAAUUGUAUGUUAAAAUAUAAUUUAAAGUAGUAGUUUUAUAAGCAAGAUCAACAUUCCAUGUAAAUAUUGGACCUUUUGGCAGAUAGGUCCACACUCAUGUUAUAUGUUCACUGCUGUUUGGUGGUGUCCAUGGCUUGCUUUCCUUAAAACAAUGUCAAAUUUCUGUGUGAAACAGAAACAAAACUUCUCUAGUGACCUCAUUACAUGUUCAAGCUGAACAGUCAGAUCAUUGGACUAAUGAACACCAUCCAUGGAAGUUCUGUGUUUCUUAAUUAAAGCCGUGAAGCUCAAACACAGAUAAGAAGGCUACUGGAUUCCUAUUCUGAAAUCACUGCCCUGUGUGGCCUGUCUAGAAGCACAAGUCUUAAAGAAUUGGUUUGGAUGGAAUAUUCUGUCCCUUGGGCAAUGCCUACACUUCUGUAAAGCAAUUUUCUAUACCCAGAAUGAUGAGAAGUGUGUCUGGCAUAGGACAUUCUGGAAUACUUUAGAUAUCCCAUGUUCAUACCUCAGAUAGUUUUGCUGAUUGUUUUUCUUCAUCUGGUGAUUGUUGCCUUCAUUUCUUAUUUUGGGGUAGUGCUUGGGAAAUUUGGGGUAGGUAGUGAAGGUGAUGGAAUGUCAUUAAAUAUGAAUGUCUGCAUCUGUUAGACCACAGCUGAACUAAAACUUUAAAAACUAAAUAAAUAAAAAGAAAUUAAGCAGUUUAAGAAAUCAGGUAGCAUGCAGCCUUACCUCUUCUAUUUCUUGAUGCUUUCAAAGAGAUUUGAUUUAAACAUAUAAGCCGGGCCAAGAGAAGGCUGCUGGUACCUACAGCCUUUGGCCCUGCUGUGCUCUCUCACCUCAGCACUCCCACCACCAGGGAGAAGGACACACCUCAGCACUCCCACCACCAAGGAGAAGGACACACCUCAGCACUCCCACCACCAGGGAGAAGGACACACCUCAGCACUCCCACCACCAGGGAGAAGGACACACCUCAACACUCCCACCACCAAGGAGAAGGACACACCUCAGCACUCCCACCACCCAGGAGAAGGACACACCUCAGCACUCCCACCCCAGGGAGAAGGACACUUUGUUCCUGGCUUUCAGCAGCUUGUUUCUGGGCUGCAGUGCCAGCCGCUAUUAGACAAGCAGGGUUUCAUUGAUUGUCCAUUUAAAGUUGAACCCGGUAUGAAGUGCUGCUUUUCUCCCCCACCUCCCAGUAAGAGUGGCCUAAAAGCAAAGAGAUAGACUUGAAACAAUAGCCAUGGCUUUACAGAGUAAUAUGGAAACUUGGCGUCUGUAAGGCUGACAUGCCUGGUACUGUAAAUCAGCACGUGUCCCUAAACUGUAGUAGUUUAAAGUGAGCAAACAUGUAAACUCAGAUUUACAAAACUGUGGAGUCAAAAAUGUCCCUGAAGAUUCAGAUUUUUAUUUAUUUUCCUUUGGCCUAUGAUGGAUUUAUAGAUAAAUGUAAUGGAAAAUUUUUUAUCUUAAUAAAGUAUCUUUAAACAGUGUAUCUGUUUGAGUUGUUAGCACUUGAAUAUGCUAUAAUUGUUCUACCCUGUGUUGCUUUUCCCUUGGUGGAACAAAUUCUAUCCUUUGGUAUGAUGUAAUUUAUUUGAUCUUUCCAUGCCUAAAAUUAAACAUUAUAUUUCUCUU